GCAAAAUUCUCCACAAAAGAGAAAAAUGGAAGAAGAAAAAAAAGGAAGAAGAAGGACCCAAAUUUCCAUUUUGCCACUACACGUUUCUCCUGUUCACUUGCCAAAUAAAUUGCCUCCCCUCUAUUUAUACACCCUUCUCUUCCAAUCCCCCUCCCAAACCCUCAGAACUGAAAUCCUCCCCCAAAAACAAAAACAAAGUCAAAAUCCCAAUUCUUCCUUACUUCAAAUUCCUCAAACAGUACUCCUAAAAUCAUCGUCACCAUGUCUCUCGAUACUGCCAGGACCGCCGUUGGCAUCAUCGGGAACGUCAUCUCACUCUGCUUGUUCCUCUCGCCGGUGUAAGUCCGCCGAAAAACAUGCAAUUCGGCCACCGAACUUAACAUGUAUUGCCGGUUUGGCCCCCUAACUUCGAGAAAUUAAAUUAUUUUUUUCUCAUGCAGGCCAACAUUCGUCCAAAUAUGGAAGAAGAAGUCGGUGGAGCAGUUCAAACCCGACCCGUACCUGGCGACCCUGCUCAACUGCAUGGCGUGGGUGGUGUACGGCCUCCCCGUGGUCCACCCGAACAGCACCCUCGUCCUCACCAUCAACGGCGGCGGCACCGUCAUCCAGCUCGUCUACAUCGCCGUCUACCUCACCUACUCCGACCGCAAGAGGCGCGUCAAGGUCCUCUCCCUCGUCCUCCUCGAGGUCGCCUUCGUCGUCCUCCUCCUCGUCCUCGUCGUCUCCCUCGUCCACGAGCUCCACAAGCGCGCCGCCAUCGUCGGCGUCCUCUGCGUCGUCUUCUGCACCAUGAUCUACGUCGCCCCUCUCUCCGUCAUGGUAAAAAUGGUGAUAAAGACGAGGAGCGUGGAGUACAUGCCGUUUUACCUGUCCCUGGCGUCAUUAGGGAACGGUGCUUGCUGGACUGCUUAUGCAUUAAUCCGGAUCGACUUGUUCAUCAUUAUUCCGAACGGGAUAGGGGUGGUGCUGGCGAUGGUGCAGCUGAUCCUGUACGGCGCGUUCUACAAAUCGACGCAGAGGCAGAUUGCGGAGAGGAAGGCCGGGGAGAAGGGUAGAGAGGUAAAUUUGGCGCAGGUGGUCGUGGACAGAGAAGAAGACGGAGCUGGCAAGAAGAAGGCAGGCAAUGGUGGGGCUAUGUGAUGAAGCUGUUGAACCUGGUAGCUAGCUAGGGCUAGAGAUGGAUUAUGAUCAGUUAAUGGAGUUUGGAGUGUUGUUUAUUAAUUACUGAACCGUAUCAUGGCAUAUUAUAAGAACAUAAAAACGGCUCUGCUCUGGGAAUUAAGGAAACAGAUUUAAGUCCUCAAUUAAUGGAGCUAGCUAGCUGGCUGGGUGGGUGGCAGUAGUGGAUGGACCAGCUUCUAUAAUCUGUGUUUGUGUUAAUUGGAAUUUGUUUUGUUCAGAAUGGGAAGUUAAUUAUUGGGAAAGUGAAGGGAAAGGAUUCAUUUCCAGUGGUCCAGAAUGGGGGUUUCUUUCUUUGGGCGCGCGGUUCAUUGUUUCUUUAAUUAGCUGCAAUUCAAUUGUGUUUCUGAGACUGAGGAACACGUGGGAUUGAGGAUGUUGGUUGGGUUGAUGAGUUAAGGUAAUUAUUAUGGCUGUCAAAGGUUAUUCACUGUGCUGAUGUUCAUUGAGUAGAGGGGAAUAGGGAUGGCAAAAAUAAUUCAUUGGUAUCCAAUUGAAUUCGAAAGAGAAAAUUUAUUUUAUUGAUAUUUUUUUGGAUGGAUUUUUUUCCAAACCCGAUAAAAAAGGGCAAUGUAAUUUUGAUAUUUCAAGACCCAUUAUACUUUAACAAUUCGUUUAUCCAUA